AUGCGGCAGGCGACUCUCGCGCUUCGCAGCGCCACGGUCGUCCGCCUUGCUACCUCGCAUCCGGGAGACACGCACGCGCUGACAGCCUGGCUCGCAUCCAACGAGCGCGCCCGCCCGCGCUGUGUCCUCGGCAAGACCGAAGGCAACGGAUGCGUGAAUGACUUCACACGCGGCUAUGCUUCGCUCGUGGUCGAGCAGGCCCUCCGAUCGGCAGGCCGACUCGAAGACACGUCAAUCAUCAUGUCGGGCGGCACGGAGGGCGUGCUGACGCCUCACAUUCUCGUGUUUGCCGAUGUGGCGCAGGACACGCCUAGCGUGGCCGGCCCACCAACGGCGCUCAGCCUUGGCGUGGCGCGCACGCGAGACUUGGGCGCACACGAGAUCGGCCGGCGCGCUCAGGUUGAGGCGACGCAUGAAGCCAUGCUCUCCGCGUGCAGGGACGCGCACCUGUCGCCGGCGGACGUGUGCUUUGCGCAGAUCAAGUGCCCGCUGCUCACUCCGAAGCGUGUCGCCGCCGCCGCGCUGCCGUGCGCGACGCACGAUGGCUACACGUCGAUGGGCCUGAGCAGGGGCGCAUCGGCUCUUGGCGUGGCGCUAGCAACGGGCGAGCUGUCGCGCGGCGACCUCGACGCCGCCGUCGAGCGGCUCUGCGAGCCGGAAGGCCUGAGCGGCUUCAGCAGCAGCGUCGCCAGCGCAAGCGCCGGGAUCGAGCUUCGGCACUCGGAGGUCUUUGUGCUCGGCAACGCGGCCGGCAGCGCCUCCCCUCUCCGCGCCGCUCACUGCGUGAUGCGGGACGCGCUCGACAGCCCGGCGGUCUGCCGCAUGCUCGCCGAGGCGGGACUGUCUCUCGACAACGGGCAGCUGACUCCCGCCUCGCAGGCGCGCGUGCGCGCCGUCCUCGCCAAGGCGGACCCCGCCGCCGCGGUGCGAGGCGAGCGGACGACGAUGUGCUCCGACUCGGACCUGCACGCGACGAGGCACGCCCGGGCGGCGGUCGGCGGCCUGCUCGCGGGGCUCACCGGCUGUACCAACCUGUACGUGUCGGGUGGCGCGGAGCAUCAGGGACCCGCGGGGGGCGGGCCGGUGUGUGUCGUCUACGAGGCGGGAGAGGGGGAGGGGCUCAUCGAGGCAUCGGCCGCGCAGGGCGCGCUGGACGAUCUCGACUCGGCCUCGGCCGAUUUCGAGGCCACCGUGCGCCGCCUGCGAGACGCGGCCGGCUUUUCCGGCUCGCCCGCCUGGCAUGACCCCAGCGGCCUGCCGUGGGCUGGCGCGCUCGAGGCCGCAGCUCCAGCCAUCCGCGCGGAGCUGCUCUCGGUGCAGGAGCAGCAGGCGGAGGAUGCGGCGUCUUGGGGCGGCGCGGACUACGAGGCCAUAGCCGCAGAGUGGCGGAUCUUCCACCUCUGGAAGGACGGCGCGUGGUUGCCGGAGGCGGUGGCCCGCUACCCGCAGACCGUCGCGCUGCUUCGGCGGCUCGAGGCGUCCCACGGGCUGCGGCUCAACCCGCUGCAGAAUGUGGCGUGCGGCUUCGCGCGCCAGCCUCCAGGCUCGGGCAUCGCUCCGCACUGCGACGGCAACCUGCUCGGGCUGACGUGCCACCUCGGGCUGCGCGUGCCGGCCGGGGAGGAGUGCUGGAUCGAGGUGGGCGGCGAGCGGCGGAGGUGGCGCGAGGGCCAGCUCCUGCUGAUGGACACCACGCAGACGCACUCCACGCGCAACGGCGGCGAGUGCGACCGCGACAUCCUCAUGCUCAACGUGCUUCGGCCCGAGCUCGACGCGGGGGAGUUGGAGGCGUUCGCGCACUACCUCCGCGCGCCGCCGCUGCGGCUGCUCGCCCUCAACCCGGGCUGGCUGAGCGUGCCGUCGGGCGCGCUCUGCUGCGCUCCGAGCGGCGAGGAGGAGGGGCGCGAGGAGGGGGGAGCCGUGAGGCUGCUCCCGGCCGGGCCGUGGCUGCCGCAGCGGCCGCAGGGCGGCACCGACGGCGUCGUGCGGUUCGAGCCGCUGUCCGACCGGCGGUACCGCGUCGCGAGCGGGGCGGCGCUGGUGCCGCGCGAGCUGCCGUCGGAGGCGGCCGCGCCGAGCCGGCUGCUGCCGCCCCUGCCUCCGGGCGCCGAUGUGGAGCCGUGCGCAGCAGCCAUCGACGCCGAGGGGUGCCUCGAGUGGGUGGGCGUGGCCGCCGGCCGCGAGAGCGCGUGGCUGCGCCCCUCGCGGGAGGGGACGGCGGCAGAGGCGCCGGAAGAGGCGCGGGGCGAGGAGGCGCAGGAUGUGCUGCUCGCGCACCGGAGGCUGCUGCGCGAGCCGCAGCGCUUCCUCGCGUGGCUGCCCGUCUACGAUGCGGACGACGAAGAGCUUCUCGAUCUCGUGAGGGACAGUGAUGCUGCGGGUGGCCAAACAUGAGGUUGAUCAAACACGAAACAGCGAUUUUGACACUUCAAAAAAUUUGCGUCGC